GUGGAGGUAAUGGAACGUUAGAAAGUAUCGCCUGCCAGACCUCCUGUUUGAAGUACUGAUUCAUUACCAAAUUCUGAAUCGCUCAGCGCUCAUGGCUGCUCGCGCUUUCCACAAUAUCAGUUAGGCUGGAUCCUUUCAGUAAUCUUCUGAUAGUAAUCCUCAGCAAACCAUGGCCUCCAUGCUGCAACAUUCAUGGGUUUCUUCUUUCUCCUCCAUAAACCCCACCUCUUUCAACAAUAAACCCACUUUCAUCCCAUCUCCAUACCCCUCUACCUUCACUCGCAAUCCCCUCAAACCCUCAUUAUCGGCGUCAUUGAACCAACCCGGUGCUGAAUCUUCGCAACCCAGCUUGUCAAAUUCAUCUCAAAGUUCUUCGGAACCCGAACCGGGCGGUACGGACCCCAUGAAGCUCGCUUUUGCGAGGGCUAAGGCAUACAAGAAGUCAGUCAAGACGAACCCGAGCCCGAAAAUUAUUGAAAACCCGUUAGUGGAAGCUGAGAAAAAUGAUGACAACGUAAAUGGGAAUGGGAAUGCAGAUUCAAAUUCAAGUUUGGGUUUGGGCGAUGGUGGUGGUGGAAAUCGGGAUGUUCCUGUUUCAGUCAAGAUUGCAAUGGAGAAAGCAAAAGAGUAUAAGAAGAACAAAGGGGUCAUUGGCGGCGGCGAUAACUCCGAGGAAAAAGAGACAUUUUCAGGAUUGAGGAGAGGAAAUGAGGGGAUUUUGGAAGACAGGUAUUCUUUGAAAAAGGAUAGUGAGAAAAAAGAACUGACGGUCUCGAGCACUGACUUUAUGGGGCUCAAUUUCUCGGAUAAGAAGAAUAGCAGGGCACUGCCAGCAGGAUUGGCUCCACUGCAAGACCCUUUCCCAGAAGGUGACUUGCCUGAAGUGGAGUUGAUUAUUGGGGACAGAAGCAACUUUGGAACUUCAACACCAUUAGCACCUGAUUCAGUCCAGGAAGAUGAUUCAGAUAUUUAUAAGCCUAAGGUUUCCACAUGGGGAGUCUUUCCUAGGCCCAGAAACAUUUCAAAAUCAUUUGGAGGUGGAAAAGUUAUUCGCCCUGGUGAGGUGCUUGAAACAACAGAAGAUAAAUCAGUUAAAGAAGCACGUACAAGGGAAUUGAUAACUGCCUAUCAGAGUAAGAUUGGCUUGAACAUUGAUCCAAGGCUAAGAUCUGAAUGUGAGAAGGCAUUGAAGGAUGGCGACUCAUUGAUGGAUCUUGGAAAGCUUAAGGAUGCAUUGCCCUAUUAUGAAAAGGUUAUGGAUAAGUUGGCCUUUAAGAGUGAACUUCAUGGGUUAGCAGCUUUGCAGUGGUCCAUUUGUCAAGAUUCACUUAGCCAAUGGAGGCUAAAGCUAUGUAUGAGAGACUUCAAUCUCAUCCCAAUGUUCGAGUGAGCAAGAAAGCAAGACAAUUCAUGUUUGGUUUUGAGGUAUAAUUAGCCGUAGAUAUAAUAUAUUAACUUCAUUUAUGGGCUCAUAGUUCUAGAUUUUCUAUCAAAGCUAAGUCACAUAGAUGCUGUGGCAUCUGAUAAGGUUGUCUUUAAACAAAUGAACUGUGGAGCAUACAUUGGGGCCUGAAAUGUGUUUAAUGUGUGAGGUUCUCAGUGAGUCUGGCUUUCCUGAAACUACAAGCUAAGGUUGCCCUUCUUACAGAGGUUUAAAAUAUUUUGCGGUUUGAAAAUAAAGAAAAAUAAGAAAAGAGUACUUGGGAUAUAAUGUUUCUACAGAGGUGUAGAGUUUUUAUUUUGAGACCUGACAGGAAAAAAAGCUACAAAAAAAAUAGAGAAAAAUAAGUACUUUUGAGGUCAGUCAUGCAUGUGCUACUGAUCUGAAACUCACUUUUAUGUUUCCCAUAGCUGGUGCACAACAGAAAUGUUGAAAUGAUUUGUUCGUUCUUUAGUUCAAAUCUUUUCAUGCAUAAUAAUCAAUUGAACCUGAAAUUUAGAUUUUAUGUUUCCCACACUAGGGUGCACAAUCAGAAAUAUUUACAUGUUUUGGAAGUUUCUUUGUACUAACCUUUUCAUGCAUAAUACUCUCUCUCCUCCCAUGCACAAAUGUGUGGGUGGGAUGGGAAGGGAUGCUAUGUUUCAUUAAAAAUUACAAGUUGAUGACAGGCUGCGGAAAUGAUGAAGAUUAAUAGCUCACCCCCCUCUUCAAAUAACACUGGCUACAAGAAUUAUUUUGAAAGAUUUGUUGUAGAUAAAACAAAAUACUCUCUACCAGAGGCUGAAGUUAAAGAAGGUGCACUAAGUCAAGCCCUCCCAUACAUUAUUUUUCUCAUUUCUCCCAUUUUUUGGGUUCUAUUCAUUGCUGUAAAAAACAGAAUAUAACUACAAAUUUGUAACUUCUAACUAGGAUGUAACUAACUGCUUUUGUAUUUGAGAUGUAUAGAUAUAAUAUUAUUCUUUUAGUAGAUGAUUUAUUAGCAAA